CAGUGUAUUUCAGAUUUUGCAAAGUUUAGCAUUUGGCAGCCGAAACAUAGAACUUUUAAUGCACUUUUCCAUUGCAGCAAUCAUUCUUGUAUAUGUAUUCAUAGCCAACUAUGCUGGACAAGAAAUUACAGAUCACAAUAAUCAUGUAUUUUCUACUGCAUAUAACGUUCGCUGGUAUACAGCACCGUUAUCCAUACAGAAGCUGAUAUUAUUUGUAUUACAAAGGGGUAGUAAAUCUUUCGGUAUAAACAUCGGCGGAUUGUUUAUAGCAUCUUUUCAAU